AUGCCUCCGCUUCCCCGCAAGUACGAAGCCGACAUCACCGCCAAUCACCUCCUUACUCUGCUUAUUACAAAACGGAAGAUCUGCCUCUUCGAAGCGAGUACCGGUGACGAAGUCAUAAGCAGGGAACAAUAUAUCACCGAACACAUCGAAACGGCACGUCUGCUCUACCAUUCAAAUCUCAGUCAUUCUGGAGUGCCUGUUCACCCACUUCAAUUCCAGAGAUAUAUGAGAUCGCUCGGAGUGGACAACGAUUGCCAUGUAGUCAUUUACGACCGUGGUCAGAUGAUCUGGAGUACAUAUGCGGCGUGGAUAUUCAAGUUGUUCGGACAUCGCAGAGUCUCGAUACUCAGUGGUGGCUUUCUCGCAUGGAAAGCUCAACAAGCAAGAUCGUCACAGUACCGUACUGACAGCGGCGAUGAUUUAGAUAGAGCACAAGGCAAUUUACUCUCAUCAUGGAACCAAUCCUUGGUGAUUACAUUUGAUGAUGUUCUUCUUAACACAGAGCUGCGCACAUUCGAUGUGGUCGACGCCCAGACUAAAGAGGAAUACAAUGGCGAAGCCUCUGGAGCUCUCUACGGACACAUUCGUGGAGCGGUGAAUAUUCCAGUCGAUGCAAUGUAUGACUGGAAAUCGAACAAAUGGCGAUCCACGAGCGAAAUCCAGCAAGUUUUCCUUGCAGCUGGUCUUUCACGAAGCAAACCUGUGGUUGUAUACUGCUCCACAUCAUUGCGAUCAUCGUUGAUUUGGUGGUCCUUGAAACGUCUCGACUACGAUGCUCGCAUCUACUUUGGUGGUUGGCCAGAAUGGGUGGUACGAGCUCCGGAUGAUUUGAAAGUACUUGGCAACAUUGGCAACCAUUAG